CUUCCCCCCCAACGCACCCUUUGCUGUUUCUUUCUCCUCUUUCUUUUUCCUAUCGCUACGACAUUCGCAUAUUCAUUGGACAUUAGACACGAUGGAGAAUAUUCAAGCAAAAGUUCGUUACUACCAAGCCAACUUGGACAAAGAGCUUAGUAAAUAUCCACAGCUGAACCAGUUCCAGGCAGCGACUGGAGUGCCCAAGACGUAUCUUGUGGUCGGUGCAGGUUCAUUGGUGGCAGUGUUGAUCUUCUUCAACUUUGCAGGAAAAUUGCUCUCGAACUUGUUGGGAUGGGUUUAUCCUGCAUACAGGUCAUUCAAAGCAUUGGAGACUCCCAUGGUCGAUGAUGAUAAGCAAUGGUUGACGUAUUGGACUGUGUAUGGCUUUGUCUCGAUCUUGGAGUCCUUCACUGAUAUCUUGUUGUACUGGUUCCCAUUCUACUUCUUCAUCAAGACAGUGUUCCUUUUGUGGCUCAUGCUUCCUACCUUCAAUGGCGCUGCCACUAUCUACGUCAGAGUCUUGCGUCCUUUUUUGAUUCAGCACCGUGGAAACAUUGAUGGUACACUCAGAAACGUCAAGUCCAAGGUCUCUGCUGUUGCCGCAGAGCUUGAUGGUAGCACUUCUGGCGCUGCUCAAUAAGUGAAAGAAAAAAAAAACUCUUCCUUUCUUCUUCUUCCUUCCUCCUUCCUCCUUCCUCCUUCCUUUUUUUUUUUAUUUAUUUUU